ACUGUUGACGUGUUUGCAAGCGUGUUAUCGGCGUGCGUCCGCUCGUUUCGUUCGUAUUUUGCUAUCGAUUCUCGUCUCGCCGCGACAACAACAAAGAAAGCUCGAAAAACGCGUCGGCAAAAAUACACAGAAAGCGAUCAAAGUGUACCAAAUAUUAACAACAAAUUAAAUUAUUGUAAAAAAAACCCAGUAAAAACAAGCAGAGUGAUUGAAACAGUGUGCUUAAAAUAUAGAGAAAGAGAGUUGUUGAGUUGAGUGUUCUUUGUAUAUGAAAAAUGCAUAGCUAUCACUAAACGAAGAGCUAAAUAAAAAGCGAAGACCACCCGACCGCAGAGGGAUACAGAACCGCCCGAUUCCUGCCCCCCGGUAGAACAGAAAAACAUUCAAGAUUAUACUCGAAAUGGAUAUGACCUCAACAGCGGAGGCUGCCGCUCGCAGCUGGUACGAUAGUCCGCGUUUAGGCGGCGGCGGCUCCUCGGGCGGCGGCAAUGGGGGCGGCGUCUCGCCCCAAACGAACGGCCUUGGCAGCGCCGGUAGCAGCCUGGCCCACAGCCACCACAGCCUCUCCAGCGGCGCCAGCUCGGCGGGCAGCAGCGUGGGCGUGGGCGCUGCCCUCGGCGGCGGCGGCGGAUCCGGACUGGACACCAGCGACAUGAGCGCCUUCUACGCGCUGGAAAGCAACGGACACCACCGGCGCUACUAUCCCAGCUAUCAUCAGCACACAUCCCGCAUGCCCUCCACCCAUGCCUCGCCCCAAGUGUGCCGGCCGCACUUCCACACCCCGCUGAGUCCCUGGCUGACCAGCGAGCACAAGUCCUUCGCCCCCGCCAGCGCCUGGAGCAUGGGUCAGUUUGCCUGCCCGCAGGAGCCGCAGGUGGAGCACAAGCUUGGGCAGAUGGGCCAGAGCCACCAGACGACGGCCGCCGGCCAGCACUCGUUCCCCUUCCCGCCGACGCCGCCAAAGGACUCCACGCCCGACUCCGUGCAAACCGGUCCAUCCGAGUACCAGGCCGUGAUGAACGCGUUUAUGCACCAGCAGGCCACGGGCUCUACCUCACUAACGGACGCCAGCUGUGCGUUGGAUAUCAAGCCGUCGAUCCAGAACGGCAGUGCGAGCGGAUCCUCCGGCAGCGGCACCACCCACACGUCGACGCCCAAGCAGCGCGAAGGUACAGCCAGCACCACUAAUUCCAGCUCCAACUCUAGCAGCAGUCAGCAGCAGCAGCAGCAACAACAGCAGCAACAGCAGCAGCAGCAGCAACAGCAGCAGCAAAGUAGCAGCAACACCACCGCCAGCAGCAACACAUCCGCCUCGUCCUCCGCCGCAGCAGCUUCCCUGUCCGCCGCCGUAGCCGCCUCCGCAGCCACAUCCUCGAACGGACUGUUCGACGGAACGGCGCAGGCGUACAGCAGCGGGGGAAGUGGCGGCGGUGGCAGCGGCAGCGGUGGCUACGACACCAGCAGCUAUGCCUCCUAUCACCAUGCGGCGGCGCAUCAUCAAGCGGCCGCGGUGGCGGCGGCGAAUAUGUUCCAAAGUUCCUCGGUGGCCGCGGCUGCAGUGCGUCACAGUAUGGCCGCGGCGCAGGCGCACCACCACCAUCAUCACCACCACAGUGGACACCAUCACAGUGGCAGCUCGUCCGGAUUGCAUGGGCUGGGUGGCUCGGUGGGCGGUACCGCCGGCAUGGGCAGCAUGAGCGGCAACAGCGGCGGAGCGGGAUCGCUGAGUGGGCACAGUGGCGCCGGGAGCAAUGCGGGCAGCAAUUGCCUGGACGUCAAGCCCGUGCGGACCAAGCCGCGGACCAGUGCUGAGGGACGCGAGUGUGUGAAUUGUGGCGCCACAUCGACGCCACUGUGGCGACGCGAUGGAACGGGACACUAUCUGUGCAACGCCUGUGGCCUGUACUACAAAAUGAACGGCCAGAACCGACCCCUGAUCAAGCCAAAGCGAAGACUGACCCUGCAAUCGCUGCAGAGUGCGGCCAAAAGGGCGGGCACAUCCUGCGCCAAUUGCAAGACCACAACCACAACCCUUUGGCGACGCAAUGCCAGCGGCGAACCCGUGUGCAACGCCUGCGGAUUGUACUAUAAGCUUCACAAUGUCAAUCGUCCACUCACCAUGAAGAAGGAGGGCAUUCAGACGCGUAAUCGCAAGCUGAGCUCCAAGUCCAAAAAGAAGAAGGGUCUCGGUGGUGGCUGCCUGCCAAUCGGUGGCCACCUGGGCAUGGGCGACUUCAAGCCGCUGGAUCCCUCAAAGGGAUUCGGCGGUGGCUUCUCGGCCUCCAUGGCACAACAUGGACACCUCUCGAGCGGACUGCAUCCGGCACAUGCGCACAUGCACGGCAGCUGGUACACCGGCGGCAUGGGCGCUUUGGGAGCCUCGAGCGGACUGCAGGGCGGCUUCUCCACCGCCGGCUCUCUCAGCGGAGCGGUGGUGCCCCACUCGCAGCCCUACCACUUGGGUCUCAGUUCGAUGGGCACCUGGCGCACUGACUACACGUGAUGGAGCGGGAACAACCUGAACAACAAUCUGUUCAGUUAGAGCCGCAAACUUGCCCCACGCCUGAAUCGACUUUUUCGAGUGGCAAAUAGAUCGGGACAAAACUAAGCAAGACAACAAGAAGUAAACUGACAAAACACAAUGCCAAACUGAGGACUCCUUGGCCAGCAAUUGACAGUGGCACCGAGCCCUUGACAUCCCAGCGAAAAUAAAUAAUAAUCCGAUGGAGUGUGGGUGGUGUGCCAACUGGACGAACGCUGGCUAUUCCUAAUUGUAAACAUUGCGUGCAAUUUUUAAUUAUUUAAGCUUUGUCGCUGUUGUUGCUGGCGAGGCAAGAGCCAAAAGGCGAGAGCCGGCAGCAAUAACAAAAGCCCCAUUAAAAUUAAUUAAAGGGCUGCACAUUACUUUUAUUUUAUUUUUCCUUUAUGGCUUUUCUGUGAGUGUUUGUAUAGUGUUUCCUUAUGUUUCAUAUUUCGCUUAAUUAAUUUAAUUUCUCGCCGCAAAUUCAGCGUAUUUAAUUGUGCUUUAUGAACUGCCAUAAAAACAGAAUGAGGGAAUAUGAGGGGAAUUUUCAUAAAUAUUUAUUGUGUACAUAUAACAGAAAACGAGAAUCAAGCACACAGAGAACUAAAAUUAUUAUAUACAAUAAACAAAAACAGUUACAAUGCACGUCCAAAAGUAAACAUUUUUGUAUAAAUUAAAAGAAAAAUGAAAAGAUCGUAGAAGUAAGUGAAGUUGCUUGUCCUAAUUCGCAAAAUGCAAUUGAAAAUUGCACAAAUACUUUAGAGCGUAUGCCUACUGUAAACUAGUUAAAUUCUUAGACUCUAAACAAAACAGACGUGAUAAACAAAAAGUAAAAUCUAUAUAUAAACAUUAACAUAACAGAUUUCACUAGAGCGCGCCAUAUGAAAUUGUAAAAUAAAUUUAACAAAAAUAAAACAGUUAAGGAGAAGAAAAAUCUUUUUAAUUGAAAGCAAAGGCCGCCGUCAACUUUUUAAACUAAAAUCACACACUUAAAUGUUCAAUGUUAAUGCCUAAGUCUUAAAACUAUACACACAUAAACAUUUGAAAGCCGUACAUAUACUUAAGCGUAAUGUAAUAAAUUUAAUUAAAUUAAAUGUUAAAGGCAAUUUGUAAAAUACAGUUGUUAGCAAUUUUUGUAUAAUUAUAGUAAAAAGCAGAGAAAAAAAAGCACAAAAAAAGAAGAUACAACUAAAUAUAAACGUAAUCCACUAAGUUGUGUGUAUAAAGCCAGAUUAGUCCUAACCUAAUUUAUGUAUGUUUAUAAAAAGAAUACGAUAUGUAAAACUAUAUAUAUAAAUAUGAUGUAUUAUGUGCUAAGUGUAAACGAUAAAUGUAUUGUAAUUUGGCCAUAUUGAUAGUUGAAUAUAUAUAAAUCAAAGCAAAACUAAUGUUUAUUUAA